AUGGGCGUGUUGUGGCCGCGGCAUGUCGCGCGGUGUCGCGUGUCGCGGCGCGGCGCGGUGCGGCGCGGUCAGUCCCACGCGUGCCCUGUACAAAUACUGUCGGCGGGAGUCCGCGCACAAAUCAACGCGAUCGGACGUGCGCGCACUGGACCCCCCCUGGCAUCAGCUCACCAGGGCUGCCCAGUGGCUGCUUGCUAUAUGCCAAUAUCCAUGUUUAAUCUAAUACGAGAGGCGGUGGUGGCGGGCCAGCCCUGGUGUGGCCCCCCGGCGCGGCGACAGCGGCAACAUCUCUCACCUCGGGGCCCCGUAAUGAACAAUAUAAAUGUGCUAUUUGCCGGCCAGCCGGGCCCCGCCGCGCCGGCCUCGACACCCUCCGCACCACUCCACGCACAGCCCGGGGUGCUCGACUGCGGUGACCGGCCGGAGUGCUCGUCUGCUCGGACCGAGCUGUCUGAAGGAGCCUUCCGAGCACUGGAGAUUACUCUCGAGGAGGAGCUUGAUUCUUCCUUUUGUGUACUGCGACCUCCGGGCGAAGCUCAGUGUGUCACGCGAGUGGCGCUGACCGCGGGUGUCAGGGCGCAUCACUCUUGUGUGUCCAUCAAACGUCAUUCCUCUCGCUAA